CCCAUGUCUGCCAUCUACAUGAGCCAGCUCUCCACUGCCCUCCCUCUCAUGGAGGGAGAUCACCAAGAUCAUCAUCACCACCACCAAGGCCACUUCCAGGCCUUCACCCUGCCAAAGGAAACACCGAUCCUUUUCCCCUUUGUGAUCAGCAAUAGUAGCGCCAGCGAAGGCAGUUUGAGCUAUGGAUCGGCUGCAGACCAUCACUUGUUGAGGCAGCGUCAUCAAGCUAUGCUGGAGCCCCAACAUAUGAUUGGAGGAUCAUCAACUGCGACUGGGAAUAGUGUCUUCUCGACGCCGUUCCCGACCGUGGAGAGCAUCCGCGACGACAUGAUCGAGCCUGCCUCGUACGAUCCAUACGAUAUGGGGAAGCUGCAGGUCGGCGGGUCGAUGGAUGCUUGCAGCUGGACGCCGGCGGCAGCCAAGAUGAGGAUCACGAGGAAGGCCACUGCCGAUCCCAGUGCGGGGAAGAAGCCAAGGAGAAGGGCGCAAGCAGGGUACGACGACACCAUGAGCGGCCAACCGAAUUUGGGUGUUAUUAGGGUGUGCUCCGACUGCAACACCACCAAGACACCCUUGUGGAGGAGUGGUCCUUGCGGCCCCAAGUCGCUCUGCAACGCGUGCGGUAUCAGGCAGCGGAAGGCGAGGCGGGCGAUGAUGGCCGCCGCCUCCGGCUCGGUGUCAGCAGUUCCCACUGACAGCGGCAAGGCCUCGCCCAGCAACGCCGCCGUGGCCGCAGCAGCAGCACACCCCAAGGUGAAGAAGGAGAAGAGAGUGGACGUGGACCGGUCGCUGCCGUUCAAGAAACGGUGCAAGGUGGUCCAGCAAGGUCACGGUGCGGCCGUCGUCGUUGCAGCUCCUGCUGCUGCCACCGACAGCGCGACUGUCGUGCAGGCCACCGCCGAGGAUGGUGAUGACGACACCUGUCCGAGCAGGGAUCUGCUUGUCGACGACAUUGGUGGGCUCAUCAGCUGGAGCAGGAGUCCGGCGGCACCCGCCUCAGCGGCUGCGGCCACCUGCAGCUUCCGGGCGUCGCCGGCGUUGCCCGUGCAGCAGGACGAGAUCACGGACGCUGCCAUGCUGCUGAUGACGCUGUCCUGCGGGCUUGUCCGGAGCUGAUCCACGAUCUGCUACCUCUACGAAGGACGACCCAGCGCACCGUAGGCUUUUCCCAGCUAGCAGCUAGCUUGUGCCUUUGACUGUUAGCUAGCGUUACUGUUACUGCUGUUACCAUCGUCGUCUACCGUAAUACCUGUAGUGCUUUUGUUUAGCUUCUUGUUGCUAGUGUGACCACCCUUGUCACUGUUCAAGUCAUGUGAUUCGUUCGAUGAGUGAGAGAGAGAGAAGAGGUCUAGUUGAGAUGAUAGGAGCGACAAGAGCACCGUCUCUAGCUACAAUAGCUAGUAAAUAUAAUCGCAUGUAGUGUGAGGAGUUUCAGUUUUGAGUGUGUACAAGUUCUUUAAUUCCGAUCCUGUGGCUAUAAUCUGGUCGCUGGCUGCUGCUACAUAUUUUUUUAUUCUUCCUUUUGCUUGAGUUUCUUUUAAGGAACCUAAAAGUGUAAUGGGAAUGUUUUGAGACAUACCGUCAUACCGACGAUGCAAGGUGUCGUGCUUGUCUUCCUGGCUACUCGUUCAUGGCUUUUGUUUCUGAUGCUUCUGUCAGUAUGCAUACAACAUUCUUGUACGUACGUAGUCUCCAUUUCAAAAUAUGAUGUGCCUUGAUCU